AUGAGUAACAGGAGAUUUUCUUUUAUAGAAGCUUCACUAUGGGCCGCAGUGGUGUAUUUGUUACUUCACGUGCCAUACAUCGAGAUGAGAGUUGAUGAGCUGGAGCAUCCAGCACCCAGGGAGCAACCGCCUGCAUCAACACCAAAACCAGAACCCAGCACCGAGUACCUGAAUAUGGGAAAAUGUUUCCACAUGCCGCGGUCAUUAUGUCCUGAUGAAACUGAAUGUACGAAAGUGGGCAGCUUGGCCGUGUUUUGCUGUGACCUUGACAAUGCCAGGUUGAAGGAAGCCCUGGCAUCUGCCAUUACUCAAAAUACUACCUACCUCCAUGUCUUGAACGCUACUAUUGAUGAACUGGACAUCUCCCAGUCCUUGUUCAGACGGCUGUCUUCCAUGGCCUUCACUGAUGGAUCUAUUGGGAAUAUCGUUGGUAAAUUUCCAAAGUACUCAUCAAUAGCCUGUCUAAACAUAUCAAACAACAAUUUAACAACGAACAAGCUACAGCCUUCAAUCCAGCGUCCAUUCGCGUACCUCUUCAAUAUGAGCGUGCUGGAUGCUUCUGCCAACAACCUGACGGAAUUCCCUUUGAGCCUCGUCCACAGCAACCGGAAGAUAUCUGUGGAUUUCUCUGGCAACCAUUAUCUUCCCUGCAAGCAUUUCCAAAGAGCAAUGGACACAAACAAUAGCUCAUUACUAACAUUCCUGAACUACGAGAACACUUACUGCGCUUUAGAUAUCAACUUUAACUGGUUCAGAGAUUUGCGGAUCGUCCAAAUUGAACAUCUUAAAAAGCAGAAAGAGGUGAACGCGUCAUGCCGCAACAUCAAGCCGGCCAACAUAAACUGCACAUGUAUGCCCACGCGGUUGGAGUUCCAGGGCGCUGACCUGACGAACGCCGUGGCGGUAGACUGCUCCCAUCGAAACCUGACGGAGAUGCCCACCGAGCUGCCUCUGAACACCAUCAAGCUUAAUGUAUCUUAUAAUAAUAUCACAUCACUCCAGACCGUGAACGAUCCUUCCUACGACCAUUUACGACACCUGAUCGUGGAUUACAACGACAUAGCCAGCAUCUUGGAGCUGGAGGGGACCAAGUUUAUAGACAACUUUAUCUUAUUCUCCAUCGGCUAUAAUAAGUUGAAGACUAUCCACACGUACGUGUUGUCGAAUCGUUUCGAUACAAGCGGCCCGACGUUCUCCAUAGCCGGGAACAUAAUACACUGUGACUGCAACACUGAGAAAAUGUUGAAGCCUUGGCUCCUUGAAAACUUAAAAAACAUUCCUGACUACAAAAUGCUGGAAUGCGAAGACGGCACUCCAGUGGUGGAGCUGGUGGAGAGCAACGUGUGCCACACCCCUCGGGACUGGACUGACUACAUAUACUAUAUUAUAGGAAUCGAAGUACUAAUAUUAGUUUUAUUAAUUAGCAAAGUGUCUUAUGACUAUUGGGUGUUCAAGACUGCGGGGUAUCUGCCCUGGCCAGCUAAUAAGAUGCCGAGGUUGCCUUGUGAUUGGUUAUGCGAGUAG